CUAGUUUCCUAGACCUGGUGUGUUUUAAAUAUCUGUGCACAGGUAUGUGAGGGUCGCCCAUGAUGCCGCCUUGUGCGAAUAUUGUCGAAUUACCUCUUAGAAUUAUCGAGCAGGUGUUUAACUACCUAAGCUAUGAAGAAGUUUCGAAAUUAAGAGAAAUAUGCAGGUUCUUUGACGUUGUAUGCCGCGGUAUUCUCAACAAAGGGUUUAGGACUAUUGAACGAAAAGUUGUAUCAUUUCAUUCAGAGCUUCGAUCCUUGCUGCCGAGACGGGAAUCUGAGCGUCGAAAUCACCCUCUCAACAGACAUUGUGAAACUCUAUCGGCCAUUGAGACACGCUUGUCUCUUUUAAAAAUGAGCAUCAUGCGUUUUGCAGACAAAAAUGGCUGUUGUUUUUUCCCUGGAAGAGUUCUUGAUGAAAUUGAAGGUGUCUGUCAGUUCAUACGAUUGAACCAAAACGUUCCAAUAAGACCGUAUGAUAUAUUGCAUGAGCUUCGAGAUAUAUCAUCAAUGGCAAUGGAGCAUUUUGAAGAAAAUAUCCUUCCAUCCCUACAUCUUAAGUCAGAUGUUGGUAGUUCGUGGUUAUCAUCUGAACUUGUAAGUCCUUCUGUUAGUCAAGCUCGAGGCCCUAUACCAUUAGAAGAGCUCCGUGCAGUUUCUUCUUUCAAGCGGCAACAAUUGAACCAGUUAGCCCAGCGUUCAAAUCAACUUCCUGAUUUGAAAAAUAUCGCCUAUCAGGAGUCAGAAAUUGUUCCUAAUGAGUUAAAGGUUAAUCAGAAGUUAACUGCAGAUAUGAAGCGACUUAAACAAGGUCACGCUUUAAACAUGGCCCACAUUUGUAAAUUGAGUCGUAUGGUUUAUCAUUUGCUUCGUAAACAACGAGCAGUGACUGAGCAGAACAAACUGUUCGGUUCAUUAAUAAAAAUGCAAAGUCGUAGAAUAAAGCAAUUAGAGGCUAUUUGUGGCACGGAUAUUUUCAAUGGUUCAAAUGGAUUAGGGUCAACUUCGUCGAAUGCUUGCACUGCGUCUUCACCGAGCCAUGACAAUCAGUUAUCUACAUUUAAUGACCAGAAAAUUUUAAAAUCUCGUAAUAAGAGAGUUAGAUCUAUUAGUGAUAAGGAAGUUGAUUGCAUGCUGCCCUCAAAAAUACUUUUCUCGUCAGAUAUUGAUUAAUUUCUGUAUUGAAAAAGCUUCCUAUUUCUUCUUUCGAAAAAGUUCAUUCACUGAUAUAUGUAAUCGAGAAAACUUAAAUUAGUACGACUAACUUCAUUAUAUUUCUCUUUCAGAUGAAUUAUCAAGUUUCUUUUGUACAGUGUUACUUUAUUUCUCGAAAUGUACAUAGGUUUAUUAUUUGAAAUAUAACUAUUAUUAAUAUCAAC